AUGAAUAACAAGCUAGAAUUCAACGGGAUGACACUUGAUGCCAUCCGCGCCCACCAUCAAGCCUUGGUUGAGCAGCCUGCUAGAGAGCAACCCCUUACCAACGAGUGGUUCUGUGUGCUUGUCGACGAGGAGGUUGUGCAGACACUGGCUGGGGCAGACCCGGCAGCCCUUAUUGCCACUCAAAACAGCUUGCAUGAUGCCAACAAGUAUUGGGUAAAGGUUGUCGAGUCGGACCCGGACGAGAGUGACAAGGGUUGGAUGAAAUGCUCAGUUUAUGCCCUCUGGGAUUUGUGGGUUGAUAUGGAUGGACUCACGCCGAUGGCUGGAUAUGAGGACCUCCAUGGCUGGGGGGUCUAUGGCGGCUGA